GAACCUCAUCUCAAAUGCUCGAAUAAGAUCGUGAUAAGGGAAACGGAAACAGGGAGACAUAACUGCAGUUGAUACGCUGAAGACUUCAACACGAUGUCGCGCAGUCACAUGCUCCGUAUCGCUAAAUUAGCUCGAGUCUGGAGCGACCUACGCUCCAGCCCUGAACGCGUCGACAACCGUGUCAAAAUAUCCUUCAACGGCAACCUCAAGAACUCACACAACACAUUAUGAUACUGAGAACCAUUGCCCUCAUAGCGCUGUUUAGCGCGGUGGCACCAGUCCUGGCGGAUGUCGCACCCGAUAUUAUCACUCUUGUCGAAGGAUACAACUACAUUGCCAAACUCCCCUGCAUCGACUGUCCGUACCUGUAUCAAGACACCUCGAAUGGAGAAAAUGGGCCUUGGACAGACCGCAUCGACGAAAAUGCUCUACUACUUAAUAUAAGCCUUCCAUUCGACGCGGCACACCUAUCGGUGAACAAUGCACCCCUCCUCUCAGACUCAACGAUAUUACCCCGGAUCUACGCUUUCCAAGUGCUCCAAGACUACUCAGAAGACGACCUCCGCCAAAAAGUUGAACAUUCCGAACUCGACACCACCGGCCCCACCCUCGGCCUCUCAUACGGCACCUCGCUGCACCGCCUCACAAACUCGACCGCCAUGGUCUUCCGCUUCAACAUCUUCAGCGCCUACUUUCCCCUCUCUGAAGCCCCAACAAUCAUCAAUCUCAACAACUCCAAGCAGAAAGUCGUCGAGUUAAUAUUCUUACCGCGGCCGUUGCAUAGCUCCGGCGACGUCGGGCCAGGAUGGGAGAUUGUCACUGCGAGGCUGAGUGAAAGGGAGAAGAAGGGGAGUAAGAGGCGUAUGAGGACUAUGGAUUUUGAGGAUUGGGAUGAGUUUGGGAGGAAGGGCUCGCCUUCACAUUUAGUCACAGCCUCCUCCAAGGGUCUUGUCGCAUACGCGAGCUCUGGGUUCUGGGGGCUGAGUAUGGCGAUCUUGGGGUUUGUGGUGCUGUUCGUUGUAGUGGUGGUUGCGUGUGUGUUAGGCUGGGAUUGGUGGAGUGGCGGGUAUGAGAAGGUGCAGAAUGGCGAGAGUGCUGGGCGCAGAGCAGGUAGCAAAGGGAGUGGGACUUGGACGGAUGUGGAGAAGGCUAAAGGUCGAUUCUUGAGUGCGAGUGAACUGGGAAUGAGGGGUGGUGGGAGUGUUGUUGGUGUGGGGAAGAAUGACUGAGAAAGGUGGUUAAAGGGAAAGGUCGAGUGCCGAUAUUGACAUGCU